AUGCUUGGUCACGACUCUCGUGCGUGUACACUGCUGCUGUUGCCUGUGGUUGCAGGUCAUCACGCUGCUCAUGUGUCUAAAGCUGCGGUACCCCAAGCGUGUGUUUCUCGCUCGAGACAAUCACGAGGACUCGUGGGUGAACAAGUUCUUUGGGUUCAGGGACGAGUGUUUGCAGCGGCUGCCUGAUGGCGUCAUUGUGUGGCAGAUGAUCAACAAGUUGUUUGAGUACCUGCCGCUUGGCACAGUUGUGGACGACUCCAUCCUGUGCAUUCACGGUGGCAUUGGAAGGGAUUUUCGGUCUUUGGAGGACCUGCGCCGGAUCAAGCGUCCAUUCCGCCCAUCUGAGGGCGAUGACACACACGAAAUCCGCGUUGCGCGAGACGCACUCUGGUCCGACCCAACCGAGAGCGACGAGCACCUAGGGCUGCACGCAAGCGCGACACGCGGUGCCACCAUUGUGCAGCUUGGUCCAGACAUGGUUCGCACCUUCCUUCGCGAAAACAACCUGCAGAUGAUUGUGCGGGCGCACCAGUGUGUCAAGGAUGGCUAUGAGUUCUUUGCCGGGCAGCAGCUGGUGACUGUCUUCUCCGCAACAGACUACUGCGGCAGGUUCGGGAACGAUGCUGCCAUGCUCGUUAUCAACCGUGAGCUCAGCGUCGCUGUGCACGUCAUCAAGCCAGACAGCUAUCUUGGUCUGUCAUCGUGGCAGCCACGCCAGCCCAGCAGUCCCCUGCCCCCAUCACUUGGUGGCGGCGAUGAAGAUGAAACUCCACACACCGUCACAGGCGAAUACCCUCCCUUCAGUCUCGACGACUGAUCUGCCGUGUGUAGCUUGUUUGCUUGUUUGUUGGUGGUGAUGCUGGUGCACGCUUGCGUGCACGUGUGUUGGAUGAGCGCUUGCAUGCUUGAUGCGCUGUGGUGCGUGCAUUUGUUUGUGUGAGGUGUGCGUUGUUGCAUUCAGCUAGGUUCGGAUCAGAUAAUGCCGUUGUAAACGGGUGCAUUGGAAUUGCCUGAUGGUGUGCGUGUCUGUAUUUUACAUAAUUGCACGUGAUUUUGUUGUGGUUCCUUGCUGCGUACGGCCUUGCCUGUCUUUGGCGUGGUUGAUUUGUUUGCACUGUUGGUUGAAAACACAAGUCAAGCGUGCUGGGAAGCUGAUGGCAAGGCAGAGAAGAUCCACACAAAAGAAACGGUGUACAGUACACUACGUCGC